UCCCCGGCCAAGAUGGCGGCUGCUGACCUCGGACCGUUCCCGGGGAGACGGCCCGAAGCCGCAGCGAACUGACCUGCAGCUUCUCGUCCAAGAGGAAUGGCGGGUUUCAAAACUCAGAAGUUUUUCUCUGAUUCCAAUUCUGCCAUAUUCCCGGCCGCAGGAUCCAGCAGGAGAUUUUCCAUUUCGUAAUGAUGAAAUUGUUUCAGAAGAUAUUCCGAGGGUUGUAUGGACAGACCAGAAUCAACACAUCAAGAUCUGACCGAGUCACUCAGUUCAUCGGGAUCUGAAUAUCACUCGUCACUGAGUGUGGGGAAGAGGACACGCAGUCUGUGAGAGAAGAAUAUAAACAUCAGUGUGAGUGCAAAAGCACCGAGACACACGCACACACGUGAGGGAGAGUGUUCCCAGUGAACUGACUGAGGAAAGGGCAUUAACCAGUUACUCAGCCUGAAAAAUAAUUACACUCUCCACAGCGAAGAGAGAGAGAGAGACCGUCCCAAGUGAUCUGCCUGGCACAUCCGUUUCAGUCAGAGAAGACCGAAGGACAGUGACAUGAUGGAGAAACCGUGGAAAUGUGGGGACUGUGGGAAGGGAUUCCGUUACCCGUCAGGGUUGGAAACUCACCAACGCAGCCACACUGGGGAGAGGCCGUUCAGCUGCUCAGUGUGUGGGAAGGGAUUCACUCAGUCAUCCAGCCUCUACACACACCAGCACGUUCACACUGGGGAGAAGCCAUUCACCUGCACAGUGUGUGGGCAGGGAUUUAACGCUUUAUCAACCCUCCGGACCCAUGAGCAGGUUCACUCCGAUGAGAGACCGUUUAAAUGUUCUGACUGUGAGAAGAGUUUUAAAAGCAGGAAGGAUAUUUUGAUCCAUCAGCGCAGCCACACUGGGGAGAGACCAUUCACCUGCAAAGUGUGUGGGAAAGGAUUCACUCAGUCAUCGCAUCUCCUGACACACCAAAUUGUUCACUCUGAUGCAAGACCUUUUAAAUGUUCUGAUUGCUUGAAAAGCUUUAAAAGUAAGAAGGAUUUACUGAAUCACCAACGCGCUCUGACCGGGGAGAAACCGUUCAUCUGCUCCGUGUGUGGGAAGGGAUUCACUAGUUCAUCCUACCUCCUGACACAUCAACUUGUUCACACCGACGAGAGACCUUUUGGAUGUCCUGACUGUGAGAAGAAAUUUAAAAGCAGGAAGCAUCUUCUUAAACACCAGUACACGCACAGUGGGGAGAGGCCAUUCUCCUGCUCUGUCUGUGGGAAAGGAUUCACUCGAUUAUCCCACCUGCUGAGACACCAUCGUGUUCACACCGGAGAGAGGCCGUUCUCCUGUGCUGAGUGUAAACAGGAAUUUGUUGAUUUGUCUGACCUUCUGAUCCACCAGCGAGUUCACACUGGGGAGAGACCGUACACCUGCACCCUGUGUGGCAAGAGAUUCACUCAGUCGUCCCAUCUCACCACUCACCAACUGGUUCACACCGACGAGAGACCCUUUCAAUGUUCUGAGUGCGAGAAGAAGUUCAAAAGUAAACAGAAUCUGCUCAAACAUCAGCAAAUUCACACUGGGGAGGGGCCGUUCAUCUGCUCUGUGUGCGGGAAAGGAUUCGCUCAGUCGCAUAACCUCCUGAGACACCAGCGACUUCACCUGCGAGCGCAGCAGAAACUGGAUUCUGCUGCUGUUACCUCCAGCCAGCAGUGAACCUCGUCUCGCUGCCCAGCUCCACUGUCGAAAAGUACAGCUGGUCAGGCAGCAUCCGGGGAGCAGGAGUGUCGACAUUUCAAGCAUAAGCUCUUCAUCAGGAGUGUGACCUUUUGACUCUGGUCUCCAGCAGCUGCAGUCCUCACUUCUUCCUCCCUGCCUGUUUCCUGUGGUGUUCCUCGCUUUCCUGGUGUGCAUAUCAAGGAUUUAGACUUCAGCUCGGGGCCAUGAUGAAGGUGUUUGUCGAUAUCACUGGAGUUGGCCAUGCGGUGGGAAAUCAGGAAAGAAGUCGCAGAUUGCAGGAUGUUCAUCGACUAGACCAACAGGCAGAACGGGGGCCAAUGGAAUUCAUUCUGGAGGUAGUGAAGCUAGGAGAGCGGGGGACACCGGGGCAAGGGACUGCACAAUAAUCAGUCCGGCGCUUUGGAGAGGGUGCAGCGAAGGUUUACGAGGAAGUUGCCUGGUAUGGAAGGUGCUAGCGAUGAAGAGAGGUUGAGUAGGUUAGGAUUGUUUCAUUAGAAAAAAGGAGAUUGAGAGGGGACCUGAUUGAGGUUUACAAAAUCAUGAAGGGUACAGACAGGGUGGAUAGAGAUAAGCUUUUUCCCAGGGUGAGGGAUUCAGUAACGAGAGGAAACACUUUCAAGGUGAGAGAUGGUAAGUUUAAGGGGGAUACACGCGGCAAGUACAUCACACAGAGGGUGGUGGGCAUCGAGAACGCGUUGCCAGCAGAGGUGGUAGAGGCAGGCACAGUAGAUUCAUUUAAGAUGCAUCUGGACAGAUGUAUGAGGAGGUGGGGAGCAGAGGGAUACAGAUGCUUAGGAAUUGGGUGACAGGUUUAGACAGUGGAUUUGGAUCGGCUCAGGCUUGGAGGGGCCGAAGGGCCUGUUCCUGCAUUAUAAGUUUUCUUUGUUCUUAUACUGAGAAGUGUAGAGGACCAGCGAGAACUUGGAGUGACGUGCGCAGAUCCCUGAAGGUGAACGGACAGGAAGCUCAGCGAGGUAUUUCAGCAGAGAAUAUAAGAGCAGGGAGGUGAUGCUGGAAACUGUUAAAAAUGCUAGAUAGAGCAGAGCUUGUGUACUGAGGAUAGUCCCUAUUAAAUUAAUUCAUACUAAUCAGCAAGAAGGUGAGACUAGAUUAGCUAUCAUAAAACUGAAAUCAAUUUCAUAAAGUAAUAGAAUCCCCAAAAGUGUGGGAGCAGGCCAUUCAGCCCAUGGAGUUGAUAUUGGCCCUCCGAAGAGCAGCCCACCCAGACCAUCCCAAUCCCCUAUCCGGUUUUCCCAUGGCUCAUCCACCUAGCUUGGAUAUCCCUGGGCAGCCAAGCCACGGAACCUACCCACGUUUGGACAGAGGGGAGAAGCCCAUGCAGCCGCAAGGAGAAUAUGCAAACUGCACCCAGACAGUCGCCUGAGGAAGCGAUCAAACCCGGGUCCCCAGUGCUGUGAGGCAGCAGGGCUAACCACUGAGCCACUGUGCCACCCCGUUAUAAAUGUAUCUAUACAACUACAAUCAGUAUUCAAUUCAUUAAAUGUAGCUGAUGAAGAUCAAA